UUAAAUUCAAACCUAACAUGAAACAGAGAUCAACAGCAUCGCCAAGAGUUCGCUCUCCAAAGAGGAAAACCAUGCCUACAUCAAGUCCUGAUUCUUACUCUUUGUGAGAUGCUAUGAUUGCAAGUGAGAUGGAAUGGCUCCUACAUAAUCUUUGGCACAAGGAAGCAGGGAAACCUGUUAUAAAGUAUAAUUUUAAAAUUCCCGAUACCGUGAUUUACAAAAUUUGCAGGCCUUAUGCUUGGUACUUCACUUCAAAGGAAGGUUUUAUUCUAAAAUAAGACAAAUACUAAGCUCACCCAUGAACAUGUGCAUGAAACUUUUUCCAAGAAGCUUAUGAGCGAUGUGGUGGCUACUGCUUACCGUGUUAGCACUACAAAAGUCACUUCAAAGGUGACCUUAGAGUACUUGCACAAGAAAGAGUUCAAAGAUUUUAUUUAUUUUAAUGAAGACAAACUUCAUCUAGAGAUUCUUCAGAAGUUUCCAGUCUGAAAAGGGAAAUAUAACGAAGUUAUUCGAUGCGACUGGACUCCAACUAUAAAUAUGGUAGAGAAAAGGGUAAAUCAGACUCUUUUUAGUAAGUAGAUGCACUCCUUACGAGAAGGUAGUUACUUAUGAAGGUCCUACAGAAAUGUCCAAGUCUCAGAGCGUCGUUUCUAAGAUGCUGCUCACUGAUAUCAAUGUUGCAUGCAAAUUUAUAGCAGAUCAGCUUACUUCAAAUGGAGCUACUCUCAAGCAUGCUAAUUUUUAUUUCAAAAUUGACACGGAUGAUGAACUUGUCCUUCUUUUUGCAAAUAAUUUCAAGGUUGAACCCUUCAUCAGAAUCUGUACUGGAUACAAAGAUAUCAUUCUAUCCAUCCCUGAGAGUGCAAAGGAAGAUUUAUUAUCCAGAAAAACAGAAAAUGAUGAUGAGUCAGACUUUCCAUCAACCCAAUCAGGAAUAAAGAAAGGUAUUAGCACUCAAAUUGAAUGCCCGUUCUGCAAAAGAUUCACUGAAAAGUCCGGAUCUUAUGAAUUUACGCUCAAAUUCCUUCUCGAUAUUUAUGAAUACUAUAUUUCGAUGCCAAAAAGAAGUCUUUUUGAUGACGGGAGAACUAUUAGAGAAAAUCUUCCAAUUCACCAGAUUUUUGAGUGUCCUAGCUCAGCAAACAAAGAUUUGUCAAAAAUAAUAGAGUCUCAAACCGAGGAAGAAGAGAAAGAAAACCAAGAUCUCAGCCAAAAUGAGGAGAAUUCAAAGCCCAAAGUACCGAAAAUACUACAUUUUCUGUACAAAAAUAUCAACUUUGAAGCAUAUCAGAAGAAGAUGAAUGACCCGAAUUGGCUGUACAAGAGUGUGCUCCUCUGUGAUCAGUGAUAUAACUAUAUCAAGGAUAUAUCAGAUGUAAUGGUGUUCAAUAAAACUCUGAAUUGAUACAAAGAUGAACUCAAAAUAGAUAGCCUCAAUGAUAACGACCUGCAGCACCAGUUGAAUAAGAUAGAUAGCCAGAUGUACACUCUCGAGAACACUUCUUUUGACGAUAAAAGUUCCAGACAGGUUUCUCCUGAACGAGCAGGGGCUGAGAAGAAGGAUGUUGGCAAAAUUAAUUUUAAAUACUCGAACACAAGUAAAUUUAUCAACAAAGUUAAAUAAAGCAUCUGUGAAUAAUAAGAAUAAUACUCUUGGGAAAUAACGAUUUUACACCUAGGAUGCACCAGGAAAGUCAGAAGCCUCUUUCGAAGAGAUCCAACAGAGAUGCAUCUGGAAAAGAUACAGAGGCCAAAACUCAUGUGAAGGUGAUGAAGAAAUGCUCAACCGCAAGAAUCCUCUUGAGUAGAUCAAAAGCAAGGAUACCUAAAUAUUUUGCAAAAGGAAACAUUAAGGAAAAUGCUCCUACAGCUCCUACAUUCAAGCACCACCCAAGUACAAACUAUCCCCAGCUUCCACAAAUAAUGCGAAGGAAUAUAUCUGGAACUUUGGCUAUCCCUAGCUCUCCUAAGAUGACUAAAGAGGCUAAAAAAAUAAAGGCAAUUCUAAAGAAGAGACCCUCACUCAAAAGUGACUACUUGACAAUGUGAUCUACCAUGAAGACAGAUUUGAAGAGGCCCACUCCAAGAGAGAUCUACACUAGCAGAGGUUCACGUAGAGAGCCACUUGAGAAGCCAUUGACAACAUUUAAGAGAAGACGGAAUACUAAGGGUGUUACUUUGAGGAACAAAACAAAGGAAAUGAGGCUUAAGAGAAACCAACUCUCUGUAAGGAAUGCUUACAGUGCUUUCUCACAAAAAAGAUCUAGAUAACACAAUUUUCAUGCAUUUUCAAUA